GGCUGUAAUGUCAUGGAAGACCAGGACCUUCGGGACAUCGGGAUCGGUGACCCGCAGCACCGUCGGAAGCUUCUCCAGGCUGCUCGCUCCCUCCCGAAGUUGAAACCCCUGGGCUGCGAUGGGAACAGCCAGCCUUCGGUUCCCGCAUGGCUCGACUCUUUGGGGCUGCAGGAUUACAUUCAGUCCUUCCUCUCGAGUGGCUACAGCUCUAUUGACACUGUGAAAAACCUCUGGGAGCUUGAAAUAGUAAACGUGUUGAAAGUGAAUCUGCUUUUUUUCCUGGCAGACAGACCGUACGAGGAGCCACCGGCAAAGCCGCCACGGUUCUCGCAGCUGAGAUGCCAGGACUUGAUGUCCCAGACGUCGUCGCCUCUGAGCCAGAACGACUCCUGCACGGGCAGAUCUGCCGAUCUCCUGCUGCCCUCCGGGGACACCGGGAAGAGGCAGCACGACCGUGGCACUGAGGUUGCUCCCUACUCCAGAGCUGAGCGCUACAAAGCACAGGAGGAUCGUCGGGAGUCAAAGCUGACCCUGCGCCCCCCAAGUCUGGCUGCCCCGUACGCCCCAGUCCAAAACUGGCAGCACCAACCGGAGAAGCUCAUCUUCGAGUCCUGCGGGUACGAGGCCAACUACUUGGGCUCCAUGUUGAUCAAAGACCUCCGAGGGACAGAGUCUACGCAGGACGCCUGUGCCAAGAUGAGGAAAUCCACAGAGCAUAUGAAGAAGAUCCCGACCAUAAUACUAUCCAUCACGUACAAAGGGGUGAAGUUCAUCGAUGCCUCUAACAAGAAUGUCAUUGCUGAGCACGAGAUCCGGAACAUCUCCUGCGCCGCUCAGGAUCCCGAGGAUCUCUGCACGUUCGCCUACAUCACCAAGGACCUGCAGACCAGCCACCACUACUGCCAUGUCUUCAGCACCGUGGAUGUGAACCUGACUUACGAGAUCAUCCUCACACUGGGGCAGGCGUUCGAGGUUGCCUACCAGCUGGCCCUCCAAGCCCAGAGAGCGAAGCCUCUGGGUGCUGCAGCAGGAGAAAUGGUCGAAACAAAAUCUUCCAAACCGGUGCCUAAACCACGAGCCGGCAUGAGGAAAUCUGCAGUGCCGCUCCCUCCCGACACUCGCUGUUGUUACUGUCACACCUGUACAACUCACCGCCCCUCCUACCUGCCGCUGCAGUCUGUUAGUCCCGGAGCUAAGCUGGAGCCCCCUGAAGUGGACCAAGACUCCCAGUCUCAUGCCAGUGUCUCCUGGGUCGUGGACCCCAAACAGGACUCCAAGCGGACCCUCAGCACUAAGUAUGAGACCACUAUCUUCUAA